UUCCUUUUAAUACCCUUCUCCACAAAUUUUCCUUUUGUUGACAAUACAACAUACCUCUCCUGUUAUGUUCAUCAUCUUGCUCUUACCGACACUUCCACUCUUUAGGCUCACUGGAAAGACCAGCUCAAGCGUGUUGGAUCCAUCUCCAGGAGCAUAGAGCAUAACUUCUUGGUGUUUAACUUAGUUUUUUUUUAAUGCUCCACCCAUGCCGACAUAACUAAACAGGGAAUUCAAGGCAACAGAACAAGACGACAAAGCUCAGGAUUGUUCAUGGCAAUGCAUUUUAAUGAUUGAUGUGACCCAUAUAUGGAUAUGCUCUUUAUAUCCUAACUACUAGUUUCAGUGAUUGGUGUUCUUUGUUCUUCUUCUUUUUCUUCAUUAUCUGUUUUUGGGCCUUUAUAUUCUGUGAAGUCUCUUUAAGUAUGUUUAUUUUGGUCUGACCUGAUCCUGAAUGUUCUUAAUCUUAAUAUUUUGAUUAUAUAUGUAAGCUCUUGGAUCCCAUUGUUGUUCCCAGUGGGUGCAACAGAGUUUGAAUCAUUUUUAUGCCUGUUGACCAACCAUAGAUUCCUUUACCAUUUUUUUUCCAGAUACACUGUAGAUUCUCAUAUUUUCUAUAAAAUUUGUCUCUCCCGUUAUUCUUAUUGAGGAUGAGAAGAAAAUUAUGAUUCUCCUUGACAUUCUACAUCUAACUUGAUCGUUUCAGGUUCCUCAUUUGGAUCAGCGGAAGAAAACUGAGAUGAAGGUCUUAUACACACCAUCUUCCAUGCAAUCUUCAUAGAUUUCUAGUAGCUUUUGGCUUCUGCAAACACUGAUUCAAGAUCAUUUCAACUGGCAAUUAUUUCUUCUGGUGUAGUUCCUCUAGCGAAUAUAAAUGAAGAUCAGAGUGGACAUCGUGCUCGUGUAUCUCUUCGGCCUGAUCUUGAUUCAGCAAUGUCUCAGUGAUGAUGUUUCUGGCAUAGGGUUGAGCAACUGGACGUGCACUUGCUUUACGUCGCACAAUCAAAGCGUUGUCUUGGCAUCUAACUGUUCCACAUCAUGUGAUUGCAGACAAGCAGAUAACCUCGAAUGGACAUGUUUAUGUCCUGCAAAUGGGUUUCCGAGAGUAACCACUGACAGUUCCAACUCUUCGUGCUUCACGGCCUGCAAGUGCUCUGCUGGUCCUAUCGGCGAGGCAAAAUCUUCAAAGAAGCAAUCUUUUCCAAGGAAACUGGUUCUGGUUGUACUGUUGUUUUGUGUCGUACUCACAACAAUAGCAUUCCUCGCAUCUAUGAUUUUCUAUAUCUGUAGAAAGAACAAAUUUCCUGGACAAAGCCCGGUAUUCUCUUCGGAUAGAGACUCGAGCUGGAACAGCUCUGCCAACUUAAUAACCCGGAAAAGCUCGGUAUCACAACCAAAAUUCAGCAUCAGUCCCUCUGUAACUGCAGGAUGCUUCCAUAAUGCUUCGUUCUUUUGCGUGAGCAAACCAGAAACACUGUACGGGACAAUUAUCCAGUUCUCGUACACAGAAUUAGAACAAGCAACGCAUAAAUUCUCAAAUAACAACCUGAUUGGGAUUGGGGGAAGCAGCUGUGUUUAUCGUGGGCAGCUCAAAGACGGUAAAAUCGCCGCAAUCAAACGUCUUACUGCUCCUGAAGGACCAGACAGUGACUCUGUUUUCUCCACCGAAGUUGAGUUAUUGUCAAGGCUCCAUCAUUUUCAUGUGGUGCCAUUGAUCGGAUACUGUUCGGAAUUUCGUGCCAAACAGGCUGAGAGGCUGCUGGUUUUCGAGUACAUGCCCAAUGGUAACCUGAGGGAUUGCUUAGAUGGAGAUGCCGGUGAGAAAAUGACAUGGGAUCUCCGAAUCUCCAUUGCCAUUGGAGCUGCCAGAGGUCUAGAAUAUCUUCAUGAAGCUGCUGCUCCAAGAAUCUUGCACCGAGAUGUUAAAUCCACGAAUAUUCUCCUGGACGGGAACUGGCAUGCAAAAAUAACAGAUCUUGGAAUGGCUAAAUGCCUUAGCACCGAUGGCAUGAACAGCGGUUCGAGCUCUCCAGCAAGCAUACAGGGAACUUUCGGGUACUUUGCUCCCGAAUACGCGAUCGCUGGAUGCGCCUCCUUGAUGUCGGAUGUUUUCAGCUUCGGGGUCGUUCUGCUUGAGCUUAUAACGGGAAGAAAACCUAUACAAAAGCCGAGCAACAACAAAGGAGAAGAAAGCCUCGUCAUCUGGGCUACACCGAGGUUGCAGGACAGUAAGCGGGUGAUAACUGAGCUGCCGGAUCCUCGGCUAGACAGCAAGUUUCCGGAAGAAGAGAUGCAGAUAAUGGCGUAUCUUGCGAAAGAGUGUUUGCUUUUGGAUCCAGAUUCUCGUCCCGACAAUGAGAGAGGUUGUCCAGAUCCUCUCGACCAUCGCACCCGACACUUCCAGACGUAGAAAUUUCCCCGCCAAUCUUUUCCAGAUGCCAUAUUCCGACCAGAAGAGAGAGAAGAACAGCCAUAACGAAGAUGAGGCGGUCGAUCUGACAGAGCCUCGGUUCGAAUCCUUCUGCGUGGCACAUGUAAAGCCGCCGGUCUUGAUCGAUCCAUCCUCCACAACUCAAAGUACAUAGAGAAGCCAAAAAAAAAAUAGUGCGAACAAAAAAAAAAAAGAAGGGGCUCGUCCAACUGUUGCUGAAAAAAAAAA